GAAAAGAUGAAAACAAAAAUUAGUUUGUGAGUGACUGUAGUAAGGGGAAGUUGUAACGAUGGAUUCAGAUUCUAUUUUCAAAGUUGAUAAUGUGGUUUGGGCUCGAAUGAAAUCCUAUCCUCCAUGGCCUGCCCGAAUUGUAGAGGAUUCAAAGGAUGCGAGGAGAAGGAACCAAGUGCGUGUAUGCUUUUUUGGAAAGACAGUUUCAUUUGGAUCUGUACCGCGUAGAGAUGUUUUUGACUUUGACAGCCAUAAAAAUGAAUUUGCCACUUGUAAGAGACCCGAUUUUAAAAUUGCAUUAAAGUUGGCCGAGGAGUAUAUCAAGGGCAACCGUGAAAAUGCAGAGUCUGAGGGUGAUACAAGUUUGACUAAUAUUGCUGAAGAUGAAAGUACUUCAGAUACUCCAAAACAAACAGUAGAGAAAACUUCAUCCAGCAGUGAAGUAGCUGUGGCUUCCGCAAGAGGUAAAAGUAAGAGAAAGGCAUCAGACGCUUUUGAAAAUGGAAAUAAACGUUCCAAAAGUAUGGGCUUUUCCAUUGGAGAUGAUAUCAAUGGUGGUGCAAGUCGAAUUGAGAUGCUUAACAGAUCAGCAGUACUUGAGAGGCCUGAUUCCCCAACUGUGGACUUUGCCAGCACUUCCGAACUACUCGAGAGCAAAGAUAUUCUACCUUCACAAAAGAAGUUUGGAUUUUUAGGGUUGGGAAUUAUGGGUCAAAGAAUUGUUAAGAAUCUAAUUCAAUCUGGACAUCAUGUAAAUGUGUGGAGCCGAAAUCCUGAAAAAAGCAAACUUAUGAAAGAACAAGCAGAUGCUAUGUCAAAGGGUACCCUCGAAAUACAUAUCGCUCCAUGUGAUGUGAUGAAACACUCAGAUAUCGUUUUUAGUUGUUCGUUCGAUCCCACCUCUGCAAAACACAAUGUGUUUGGCAACUGCGCAGUCACGAAAGAGGGUAACGACAUUCUAGGCGGCAAAGGCUACGUCGAAAUGACAGGCAUCGAUUCGCAAACGUCACAGGAGAUCUGCGACGAGAUCACUAGCAAAGGAGGACGAUAUCUGGAAGCCCAAUUGCAAGGCAGUCGUGACGAGGCAGAAGAGGGCUCACUGGUGGUCCUCACCGCCGGCGACAGAAGUCUUUUUAUCGAUUGCCAAUCUUGCUUCAAGGCGAUGGGCAAGACGUCGCUGUAUCUCGGCGAAGUGGGCGUCGCUACUAAAGUGUAUCUCAUUUUGCAGUUGAUGAGGGGAAUUGCGUUGGUCGGUCUGGCAGAAGGUCUGGUACUAGCCGAUCGAUGCGGUAUUUCCGCUAAGGAUAUAGUAGAAAUUUUCAACAUGACAGGGUUGGCGUGUCCAUAUCUGAAAAACAAAGCCAAUAUCAUCAUCAAUAAGGAUUUUAAAAAGGUUGAGCACUCGAUCCAGAACAUGCAGAAAGACAUCAAACUCGCCUUGGGUCUUUCCGACGAGUUCAUGCAGCCGUUGAUGAUGGCUUCAGCUGCCAACGAGGUCUACAAACAUUCGAGAAAGUUGGGUUACGACGAGCACGACUGCGCCUGCAUUUACAUGAAGGCUCGGUACUAAAAACCCUCCUAAGUACCUCUUCGACAUUGAACAAAAUUUUCAAAAUCGCUAAAAGCGACUUCAACUGCAAAGCCAAACACGGCUUGAGCGUGACCACUCGGUCCAUUUAUUAUUCGACUAUAAAUUUAUUUUUCUGUGUCUUGUUUAUUUUUAACGUUGCGAAGCGUAAUUAGGUUUGUUUUGACCCAAUUAGAUUUUUUUUUAGUUUUGAUAUUGCAUACGUAUUUUUUGUCAACGCGCAUAUUUUGCUAAACAGCUGCUAAGCAUCAUUAAAUAGAUGGUUUUUAAGCACUACAUCGUUUGUAAAAUAUGCGUCCGGGAAACUUUUUGAUAUAUACUUUAUAAUUCGAGUUAAAGGAUACGAUCUGGUAUCUUUUAAUACGAGAGCAAACAGUUGCAUUUAAGUAUUUUUAUAAUAGGUGACAAAUUAUGUUUUUAGUAGGAGAUUUUUUUAAUAUUAUAGCUGUUGCAACAUAAAACAUUAAUUCACUACAAUCCACCAAAACACUUUACUUUUAAACACCGGACGCGCGUUUUGCUAACCAUGUUAGCAUUAUCAGCAGAUAAGUAACACUUAAUUUUAAAAACUUAGUUUUAAUCAUCUACUGAAACGCGCGACCAUUGCAAGUAAAUUGUUUUGGUUUAUUGUGGCGAAUUAGUGUUUUAUUUUGCUGUUGUAACACCAAAGGUUCCAAGCCCCAACUGCAAUUAUAACUGUUUAUUAUGAGCUAUUGUUCGUAAACUUUUAACCAGUCUAAAAUGUUUAAUGUCCUUAAUGUUAAAUAUUAUUCAAAUUGUAUACUUAUUUGAAAGAGUUCUAGAAAAAAAGAAGAAAAUCUGAAUCUAUUUUUUAAUGUACGCUAAAUUAAACAUGGUUAUAUAAAACGAUUAUAAAACAGUUAUCAACUUAAAAUAUGCAAAAUAACUAACAUCAAUGAAAAAGAUAUUGGAUAAUAAAUAACCUCUUUUAAAUACACUACUCAAAACAAUUAUCGCAUAUUUGAUAAAAACUGAUUAUUACAUAUUUCUAAAUGUACCGUGCAUUUUUCUGCUUUCCUCUUGCGAGUUUUUUUGGGAUAAUUAGGCUAUGCGCUGACAGGCAAUUUUUAGUCGGCCGACUAUUUAGUUGCAGAUUUGUAACGGAUAUAUUCUUAUUAAGCGGCGCUCACAUGCAAUCAAAUAGUUGACCGCAUCGGCUUCAUGAGAAUGUGUUGUUUUUACUGUUCCAACUAAAUAGUCGGCUGACUAAAAAUUGCAUGUCAGCGCGUAGGCUUAUUGUCUCGAAUAUUUCCCUUUACAGUAUCCAAACUAUUUUAAAAAACGUGACUCAGGGAAUUCAAGGUGUCUUGUUUUGUAAAUUAAUAUAUAUUUUUUAAACAUAUGCGAUAAUUGUUUUGAGUAGUUUAUAUUGAGAUAUGAAAUAACGUUAUUCUAAAACAAGAUAAAUCCACUUGAUAUUAAUAAAAUGUAUUCAUUUUGUCUCGGAUUAAAAAGCUAUAAUAUACGAUUAAUUAUUAAUCGUUUUGUUGAUAACAGUAAAGCUUUUUUUCCAAUUUUCUGUCUUGCAAAUGAAAUUUUCUUUAUAUUCUUGAGAUCUUCAAUUUUGUUAUUCUUUUGGAGUAACGUUUUUAGUAUAAUAAAACAUUUUUUAUUGUACGAUAAAUAUUUUAUUGACCUUUGGAUUGCAAACUGUACAAUUUUAGUUCUAUAAAUAAGUAUCGAUCCGUAGAUGUUUUGCAAGUUCCCAUGUAAAGAAAAUUACUGACAAUAUGUGUUUUUAACUGUCGUCAAACGAAGUUUAAAUUGCUUUUAAUAAUCUGUUUGAACUGCUGUCUGUAUAUUAUGUAUUUGUAUGAGAAAUAUACGAGUAAAAUUAAGUAAUCAUUUUACUUUUACAAAUCGCCUAGAAGAAAGUAUUUUCUUCAUAUAACAUAGAUACGAGAUCAGCUUGAAAUAUACAGGGUGUCCCAUUUUCGUGUAUUUUAAAGGGUUUCUCAUUUAGGAGUAGAGGUAGAAGAAUGCGGUUUUCACAUUACUGUAUUACUUUUUUUAUGAAACAAAAGAAGGUGCUACACACAGAUUUGUCCGAACCUUGUUAGUUCCCGAAAUACAGAGCGAAUUUUAAAUUGUUGCAUUUUUCGACUCCCCUCGUAUCUCGGUUAUCUUAUAGCUUAUUGAAAGGGUGAAAACUGAGUUCUCUAGAGUUUCUCUCGUUAAAUCCAGUGACGUAACUAGUUUUUCGCUGGGAGCUACUACACACUACAUUUUUUUAAGGAAUAUCAUGUAUAUUAUUUUUUUUAUUUUCUUUGCCUUGUUAUGAACUUUCUAAAAAUAUACCAUAAUAGUAUAACAACCCUGGGUCUUUCAACAAAGUUGUAGAGGUAAUAUUUUGGCCAACUGUAUAACAAACAAUUUAAAUGAAGUAAAGGAACCUUCGUUGUGUACGGCGGAGAAAACCUCGAUCACUAUUCUAAAGAUUCCAACUCCUGUUGUUCUGAACUUUAAUAAAAGAGAAAUAAUAAUAAUACAAAAACUGUCCUCGUACAAUGGUUUGUAGUUUCAUACAUUCCAAAACAUGGCACAUAUUACAUUCAACACGGAAGAGGUUUUUGUUAGGUUAGCGGGUUCCCACCCGUACUAAGGCCCCGGUUGCGGAGCUCGAAGAUUAAGUUGAAGGUUUGGUGCAAAUAUCUUUAGAUUAUAAGUUAUCCUAUUUAUUGGUUUUGGUUGCCCUUUUGCGAAUUAAGAUAUCCGCCCAUUCACGGUCGAAAAAUGUUAGUACAUUCAACAAAGUCCUUAUUGUCACACUGAACCAGAAACAUCGGCACGAGUGGGCAGUUAACGAUUGUAUUUAGAUUACUUUUAAACUGAAAAUAUUCACAGCAUAAUGAUUCCAUUAAAUACAUACACAUGUUAUAUGAUAUAAUUCUCAGAUGAAGUUAAUAAGGAAAAUCUUUAACACACAAGUAAGCUAUAUGCUUUAGUUAACACUAGUUAAAUAAUGGGAAAAUAUUUACUUUCCCUUUAAUAACAUUCGUUCUCACAAAACUUACUAACAAAAAAAAACAUCAAUCCGUCUCGAAUGGUAGUCUAAAAGCUAUUAUUUAACACCUAUUAUCUCUGUUCGUCGUCUGAUUUUCCUCUCUCUGGUUUUGCGAAUAAUAUUUUAAAAAUCAAUAAUUUUAUUUAUGUAUACAGAGUGUCUUAAAAACUGAAUGUUUUGGAUAUAUAGAAAUAUGUCUAUUUUUAAAUAGGCGGGUCAUCUCAAUACUCUAUUUAUUUUUAAAAACAAGGUAAAAAAUGCAUUGUUUAACUAUUUAAGAUAGGCGGUCUGCUUAAAUUAGGUAAUCAAAAUAAUAUAAUCAUUUAUUCGAUGUCAAAUUUUGGUUAAUGGCUAUUCCACGCUAGUUUCUGUAUAUCAAUCAAUUGCAGAAGUGCAUUCAAUAUAUUCAUAACUCUGAUUGACAUUGUGUUAUCUUGCACAAGUUCAUUUUCAGUGCAGUUUAUUAAGAUAAUACAAUGGAAAGCAAAAUUUUCUGAAUUAAAUAAAAUCAAAUAAUAUUUUUUAAAGUUUAUUUGUCUUAAAAAUUUAACUAAUGCAUUUUUUUACCUUAUCUAUGAAAAGAAGUAUACAGUAUAUUACAUUUUUAUAAAGCUCAUAAAAUUGUAAACAAAACUAAAAAAUAAUAUAUAGGAUGUCCCAUUUAAAAAAUAUGUUUAACUCGUUUUCGAAAAUGACAGUUCCCAGCGAAAACUAGUUUGGUUUGGUUUUUUUUUCAGCGCCACUGAAUAAAGGUUAGGAAAAAUUUGUGUGUAGCAUCUUUAGUUUGGUAAAAAGUUAGCACAAUGAUGUGAAAACCGCAUGUUUGUAUCUCUACUCAUAAACGAGAAACCCCAUCACACGAAAAUGGGACAACCUGUACAGUACUCGAUUUAAUUUGAUGCAUAUUAAUGUCUUUUUUUGUUUUAAGGGGUAAAAAUAUAACGUCAAAUUUAGAAAAUAUACUAUGCUUCGCAAUAAUUUCUGUUCUAACAAAAAUAUAUUUAGUAGUUUUUUUGUAAAUUAAAUAAUAUUUGUACGUUUAAUGUCAACUUUCUUUAUUUAAGGAUUAGAUCUUUUUAUUAGUAUGACUUAUAUUUUACUGUCAGAGAUUUGUUCGAUUAUUCACAUUCUUAGGCAAAUAUAAACAUUGUUUU